CGUAAUAUAGGCAACUGCGACCUCAGAGUCUCAAAAUUUCAGAGAAUCCAUACGUUCAGUUUAGACGAAUCUGCUGGAGUACUGGAUAAUGUUCGAUGUAUUAUACAUCAGUAAGAGAUAAAUGCCAAGUUGACAUUAGCUAUAAUCGCGUAUGCUUAUGAUCGAAGGAGCAGAUUUCACAAUAAUGGUAAAUCUGGUAUCUCAAACACAGAAAACUUUGGCGGAGCCAUGGGUUGCCAAAGCCCCGUUGUAGGAAGUUAGAAACUGCAAGAGAGACUGCAAUAUUCUGUUUGAACGUUGGGUCGCUGUAGUCUUCUAUAGGUCAAAGAUCUGAUUUUCUCACUCUGUCAUCAUACCGAAGGCUGAUACUGAUAAUUUUGUGGAGUGAAAAAUGGCUUCUGAAGCCACAGAAAACUCUACAACAACAUAAUUGUUACCGGAUAUCAAACUAACAGGAAGAAUAACAUCGGAUAAUAAAUUGGAAAAUUGCUGAGGCCAGAAUCUCUAAUCAUAGUUUAACAUGUCGAACAUCAUGUCGAUGGCGAUAUCUCGACCAAAGAUGGCCCUCCUAGGACUGAUGUGUGUCAUAGGAACUGUGGCCUUUCUAACUUUCACACAAAUACUCACAGACUCACGCACACCUAGUGCUAAACUAUCUCACCACAUAGUAAUGGAUUAUUCCAUGAAGGAAAACCACAAGAAGACACGGGUGUCGAACAACCGGGUUGUGCAGGUACAGGACUACUGGGAACUUAUGGAGAAGAAGAUGAAUAAUCGCAGGAAACUGAUUGAAUCUAGUUGUAAAGAGAUUCACCAUAACAACAAGCGUCCCAUUCAUCCUCUUAUGUUCACGAAUAUUGUAGUAAAUGAUAAACUGAAAAUACUAUAUUGUAAAGUACCUAAAGUUGCAUGUUCUAAUUGGCUAAAGGUACUUUACAUCAUGAGUGCUGAACCAAAUAAUAUAACAUCCAUUGACCAAAUCGAAACCAAGUUUGUGCAUGAAAAAGACACAACAAAAAAAUAUUUUCCCACUCUGGAUAUGUACUCAAAACCGGAGAUAGAAUACAGACUUCAUAACUAUUUGAAAUUCGCAUUCGUUCGAAAUCCAUUCGAAAGGAUAUUUUCAGCAUAUAUGAAUAAAUUUGUGAAUAUACGCAAUGAUUAUUUCCGGAGAAAGUAUGGCACUGAGGUGUAUGACCUGAUAGAUGAAGAUGUUCCACUUGAGGAUCGACUUUCCGGAGAAAAUGUAACAUUUAGACAGUUUGCUAAAUACUUGGUGCAUCCUCGCGUUAAGAGGCCAUUUAACGAACACUGGCAACAGUAUUCAGAGCUCUGUCGACCAUGUGCCAUCCAGUAUGACAUCGUAGGCAAAUAUGAAACAAUGGAUACUGACAUGAAAUACACGCUAAAGAGGAUGGGAGUUGAGGAAAAACUGAACUACACUGGACACAGAUACUCAUUUUCGUCAACCCAAGAACAAAUGGGUGCUGCAUAUAAGACUAUCCCUAUAGAAGAUCUGAAAAAGCUCAUGCAUUUAUAUAUUCUAGACUUUACACUGUUUGGUUAUAAUUCACCAAUUUGGUAGAAUUGUUUCAGUAUCAGAAUACACCACAAAAAUUCAUGAAAUUAAAGUGCUUUAAUGUACUUGGUGUUUUUUUUAUGGAGGACAUAAUUUGCCAUCUGAGCGCUCAUUUAGAAUAAGGACUUAGUACUCAAAAAUGAGUGCCAAAUUUCCAUGUGCUUAUUUAGUGAAGAUGAGUACUCACUUAGUACUAAGUCAAAACGUAACUGAACAUAUCAAGUAAUAUUUAUUUUUAGAAUGAGUAAAAGGUGAAAAUUUAGCGGUUAUUUAGUUAAUACAUGAACAUCCAUAUAGUUUACAUUUAUCUAUAAGAUGUAAUUAAUAUUUAUUUUGUUUUUGUAUUUUUGUUUCAUAAUUUUGUUUGAGC